AGCUUUGUACAUCUUACUCUACACCUAUCAGUCAUAAUUAUUUAAACGAUGAUUUACACGAGAAAAAUCAAUUCUUGAGAGAAAUAGGCCAAGUAAGACAAGAUAUCCUUCGUUUUAGAAAUGAAAUGAACGGUUUGGCAAAGCAAAUGGACGGUAUGGAAAUCGAUCUUAAUCAUUCAAAAGAUCGAGUCCGUGAAAUCGAAAAAGGUUUAACUGCCACGCAGGAAGUCAAUGUGAACCUUCAAGUUUUAUUAGAAAAAACUGUAAACAAGCAAAGAGAAUCAGAUGUGUAUGCAACGCGGGCGAUGCGGCACAUUCACACCAAUUUGGCCACCGUUGUUUACGAAACUGGUCAAUUAAAAGGACGUAUAUCCACUAUUGCAGACUAUCAGAAACAACAUCAAGGCAGUGUGCUUGAUGUGGCUGAACGAAUGCGCGAAUAUACACAUAUGCUUGAGCAGGCUCAAGGUACGAUUCAAUCACUUCAAGAACCUAUUGCAAGUAGUCCUAGGGAUGAUUCAUCAUUGAUGAGAAACUACUCCUCAUCAGAAGACGAAGAAGAAGAUGAGGAUGAUAAAAAGACGGAUUCCUCUUGUUCUUCCUCUGUAAACAACUUGGAUCUAUACAGACACCGUAUCAUUAAAAAGCGAGCGUCAAAUCCAGAAGUAGCUACACCCAUCAUUGCCAACACUAAAAGACAAAAUUGGUUACCGCAAGAAGGUUUACGGAUCUUGUUGAAUGACUACCGUGGCUUCUAGAUUGUUAUUGUCGUACAAGUAGUAAUAAAUAAUGAACUUUUUUCUUUUUUCUUUUCUUUCUUUCUUUCUUUCUGUCUAUCUCUCUCUCUCUCUCUCUCCGUAUGUCUUUAUAUCGAAAAACUACAGAUCAAUCGCCCAUGAUUCUUGGUGCUCUUAUAU